AUGUAUGGUCCAAUGGACGAUGCAGUUACUCUUCACUCAUGCCAAGUCAAUCCAUUUGGAUAUGAAGUUGUAUCGACUUUCGAAACAGAGCCUGCUGCUGCAGAUGCUGAAAUAUGUGCUGAAUUCAUCAGAAUGCCCUGCUGGAAGCACAAUGACGGUGUUUCUUGCGAUACUACAUUCAAGCCCAUUGUUUCAAUAAAUGAUUUCCGGCCCACUAGGCCGAGAAAGAGAGCCAUCAUGGACUUCAACACUCAAUUGUCGCCAGUCUCGGGUAGCAUAAUCUUGCCUUUCCUUAAUGAAUUCUUGUUUCGGAUGACCCGCCCGACAUCUGGCAAAGCUACCAGCCAGCCUGGAUGUUCGCUUAUCCAAGUCUUUGAUUCGCAUGCUGUGGCGGAAGACCCCGUCGCUGACUAG